AGCACUGCUCCCCCCACAGCCAAGCUAGGCUGAGACUGCAGCGCCGGAAAGUGCUGUGCCCUCACAAGUUGGGGGAGGGGGGACAAGUGCACACUUUGGAAGAAAUAAUCUUCUUUUACAGGAGGAGCAGGAGGAAGGCUCGGUGUGUGCCCGGCCAGCAGGGGACAGACACCGGGAGAUGCGCUGCACAAACUUCCCGGCUGCUCCAGUGUCAGCAUUGUGUCGUCUGUGCCGCUGCUGGGGACGGGGGCACACACUUUUGGGCUGGAGGGUAUUGGGGGCUCUGUGACUUGGGGGCUGUAAGAUGAGGAGGCUCCAUGGCGAAUGGGAGUGGAAGUAGCAUGCUGAAAUGCGUGGUGGUGGGCGAUGGGGCGGUGGGCAAAACUUGCCUGCUCAUGAGCUAUGCCAACGAUGCCUUCCCGGAGGAGUAUGUGCCCACCGUCUUCGACCACUAUGCAGUCAGCGUCACUGUUGGUGGGAGACAAUACCUCCUUGGACUUUAUGACACUGCGGGACAAGAAGAUUACGAUCGCUUGAGACCAUUGUCUUAUCCCAUGACUGACGUUUUCCUCAUCUGUUUCUCCGUGGUAAAUCCGGCCUCCUUUCAGAAUGUAAAGGAGGAAUGGGUGCCCGAGCUGAAGGAAUAUGCGCCAAAUGUGCCAUUUUUACUGGUGGGCACCCAGAUUGACCUAAGAGAUGAUCCCAAGACUCUAGCAAAGCUAAACGAUGUGAAGGAAAAACCCAUUACUGUCGAGCAAGGGCAUAAGCUGGCAAAAGAGAUUGGGGCGUGCUGCUACGUCGAGUGCUCAGCUUUAACACAGAAAGGACUGAAAACCGUUUUUGACGAGUCCAUUAUAGCUAUUUUAACUCCAAAGAAGAACCCCAUGAAGAGAAGAAUAGGCUCGAGAUGUAUAAACUGCUGCCUGAUCACGUGAGACGGGCGCAGUUCGAGUCUCCCGCAC